AUGACGAGUUGCAGAUGGGUCGACGUGGUCAGCAGCGACUCCUGCGCGUCGUUCGGGCGCACUGCGCUGAUGAAGUACGAAAGGCAGGACAGGCGUGUCACGGCCGUGAACUCGGAGCGCUUGGUCGCGGCUAUUGACGCGGACUGCAUUGACCAGCUGAAGGGCGACGUGACCGACAAUGCCGUCAGCUUGGGUGAUUCGUUCAUCGAGCGUGAUGGACACGUAACGGCUAUCCAAGCCGGUACUGGCGUCACUAUGGACAUGCAGAUGAAAAUGAAUUUGGCACCCGCCGCCAUCGACGAGGUGCCGCUGACCCAGGAAGAGAUGGGAGAAUCCGACGAGACGACGCUCUCUCCCAAGCCCCUGGUCUCAAAAGGCUGGGAGAAUGGACCUGCGGAUGUGCCGAGGAAUGAGAACGGCGCUGCAGUAGUGUCUUUCUCUGGGAUUCUUGGCCUGUCAAGGUCGUCCCAAUCGCCCAGAGAUAACUCAGUCAGCCCGUCGCCGCGCGAUCGCACUUCGCCUAAUCCAAGAGGACACAGGGAUGUUCAGACCGGGUCUGAGCCCGCGAAGCAUGCGAGCAGGAAUAGUAGUGGUGGUGCCACAGCGUCUGCGGGUCCCGUGGCGAUGGAGGGUAGUAACAGAAAUGCAGUGCAAACUAAGGAUGCGGUUAAUGGAACUCCCAGAACAGCAGUUCAGCCUAAGCGGGUUGCUAAAACUGCAACUUCCUCGAAAGGUAAAACGGUGGAGUUUGCAGAGCCUUGCGGGACCCCAAUGUCGAUGCUGGAAGCGGAAACAUCCAAGAGAGCAAAGGUAGCCACCGACGACCAGUCCGGCGUCUACUUCGACGAGAUAACUCAGAAGCCGCUCAACCCGCCGAAGAAAGCCAAUGUCAUGAAGGACAAGGUCAACCAGGAGCAGAUCUCGCAGCUGCUGCUCAAGCAGUUCAACCAAACGGAGCCCAAGCCGAAGGUCAAGGAGGCGCCUAAUACGCGCAUUUGCAGCCGUCUGAAGGACAUAGCUAUCGGAAAGUCAACUAAGGGAUACCAGAACUACAUCAAGAAGGUGCCGAUCGACCAGCGCACUCCUGACGACCCUCAGACGCCUAACUUGCGCGAAAACGUCUCUGCGGCGCGUUUCCAAGUCAUUUAUCGCAAAUGGCGCACCGACCUUCACAAGUACGAUAACCUAUAA